UUCCUUAGCACCUCCUCCCCAAUUUGCUCCGCACCGACCACGAACCGAACCGCGCGCCGCCGCCGUCGCUCCCUCUCCACCUCCAUUUCCUCCCCCUUGCUCUUCGCCUUCCCCCCCUACCGGAGCCACAACCAGCGCCCUGGGCAGCCGCCGCAGUCUCGCUGCCGCUCGCUUCGCCGACCAAUCCGGCCGUGCGGGACGCCGGAGGAUUUGGCGCCGGAGCAGGCCAGGGAGGACGGGACGGGAUGUUCUCCGGCGACUGGACGCCGCCGUGCGGCAGCUGCUGCACCAAGAAGUACGCGAGCCUCGUGCAGAUCCCAUGGAGGGUGUUCUGCAAGAAGGGGUGCAACGCGGACGGCGACACCUGGGAAGAAUGCAUAGGAAAAUGUACUGAAAUCUGCUACAAAGAUCCAGUGUUGGAAGAUCGUCAGUGGAGUGCUUACAUUGAUCGAUCUCCAGGGCAGGAUAGUUACUCUUUGGAGUGCUUCAAUGCUUGUGUGUCUGGUUGUGGAUUCAGGUUUGAGAUCCCAGCAGAGAAGGUUGAAGAGAUCAAGCCCAACAGGCCGUCCAAGCCGCCGCCGCCUCCUGAAGUGAAGCCAACUACGGGUUCAGACUCCGCUGCUGGGAGCCGUGAAGACGCGCCAUGCACAUCGGCCUAGUUGCCUCCAACUCUUGAUGUGUUUCUAUUUGCUCUGUUCUCCUCACUCGUCCUUCCCCUUCUCUUAGCUAGUGGUAAUCGCGAAAUUUAGAGUGAAUUUGUAGCACUGGCAGUAAGAGAUGACGAGGGGAGUGCAGCGAUGUAUUGUGCACAAGUAACAGGAGUUUUACUUGAUGAAUGGCAUGACAUGUUUCAGAGCCUCA